AUGAGCGCCAUUCGAAACAACUCGAAUCGCGCAGAGGCACGCAAGAGUAGGGCCACCCCUUACGCUCGCAUUGUGGUGAGAUUUGUUGUUGGUUUUUCCGGUUUCAACCAUGCUGAAGAUGAAAAUCAGGUCAACAAGGUUUUUCGAUUUCUCGGAUUUGUACCUGCAGACGAAGCUCAGGAAUUGCGCGAACAACAUCUCAAUGGGACCUCGGAAACUGGCACAGACUCGUCCAAAGAACUCCAAAAUUGCACAUCAGAGAAUCGCCUUCAAAACAUCAAUGAUAGUGGACAGUCUGUUAAGCCCCCACAUGCUAAUGGUUCACGGGAUCCCUUGACGGCUGCAAGCUCCUUCAAUGCCGCGCCUGAUCCUAUUCCAACAACUGCACCAGUACCAGCCCACAAACUUGAGCGAUCAACCUCUGAGCGGUAUAUGGUUGUUGACAAGCCCCAACCACGAUUUACAUUUACGUAUACGGCCCCAGGAUCUUCAUCCUUUUCUUCACUGUCAGAGCUUGCGCGCGACCAAACCCCCACAUCUUCCGCAAAAAAGAAGCUGGAAAGGAAUCCUAACGGCAUCUAUCGCUGGGAGGGUGGUGGAAGUGCGAAACGCCCACGGAAUCGAUUCUCCUCUCCUGCUUUUGGCGCUUCUCCUGUGAAACCUUCACGCUCAGUUGUGACAGAUAAUACUCCUCUUGGAACAAAUCCCCUGUCAGACACGAAACGACAGAAAGUAGAUGAACGACCACAAACACCACCUCUCCCUUUCCCUCUUGCAGGUUCUCCUUCAUCUUCACAAACCAAUGGCGCCGACAACCUUCCAGCGCCGCGUCCAAAUGGCACUAUUGCAAAGCCAAGGGAGAGCUCGCCUGUUUCACGCCUUCGAACUCCCGCAAAGCCCACUGCGCCAGCCAAUCCGUCACCAUUAAGGCAGGCGUGGUCAGAUCCAGCGCCUUCCCCAAAUGAUUCUAAAGCCGGUUCUUCUCAAGCAAAUUCGUCUUCUCAGCCCAAACAAUCAAAGACGGCGAACUUAAUGGCAGAAUUGAUUAAAGAAACCACGCCAGCGAAGAAGCCUGACCUUAGUAAUCCAUAUCAAACUGCUAGUCCUCUUGCUAAAAUCGGUCCUCCUCGACGAGGAAAUAAGCGCACACGCGUAACUGGUAAACCUACUGCUUCUGCCAAGGAUAAAAGUGGUAGUGAACAGAAGGCAGACACGAAGAAAGAAAAAGACUUGAGUGAAUACUCACAGCAGGCUAUUAUCGAAGCGACUCUGCCCAAGGGAAGCAAGCGAUCUCGUCCUCCUGCCCAUUUUGACAAUGCUGCUGCUUCAUCAUCAAACGGAAGUCAGCCUGCUGACCGACGUGAGCUUCCUGUCACUGAGACUGGAAAACAGGUCUAUACAGUGGAAGAACCUGAGGCAGAUGAUGAAGAAUCACCUCGCAAAAAGGCUAAGCCAACUUUGAACGACAACGGUCUUCCCUCAUCUUUUGCGCGUCAGUCACCAUCUGCCCCAAUGCCGGAUGUUACUAUCGAGGAAAUUGGUGAUGUCGUGAUGGACAACACUAAAGAAAAGGAGAAGGAAGUCCCCAAGGUGAUUAUACCUACUCAGAGUAACGAAUCUUCUACCAGUGCUGGAAGUCCAACUACCCGCAAUCCAUUUGGAGGAUUUAAGCCCAGCUCGAUACCAAAGGAACCCAGCAAACUCAGAUUCAGCUUUCAGGCAGAGGGUACCUCUGCGCCUCCAUCUCCUGCACCUCCUGGAUCAGCUCCGCUUCCUCAAUCAACCCCUCCCGCGCUGCCUAAAUCUGAUUUCAAGUUCUCCCCUCCUUCGGGCAAUUUUGAAUUCAAAUUCAAAGCUGAGGAAAAACCCAUUAGCCCUACAUCGCAACCUGAGGCCACCAAGACAGCCGUCGAUGGCUCUCGGGAUGCUGAAGUUAAAGCCAAAGUUCGGGCUCUGAACCCAUCUAUGUUGCCAGUGUUCAACAUCAAUCUGAAUAGCACGAGCAAGUACCCGGACACUGAGGAGCAUGUCAGCGCCAGGAAUCGAGUGAAAUCACUUUCUCAAACUUCUCUUCCUGUUUUCGAAUUUGGUCUAUCCAAGUCCGUUCCCUUUUCCUUCGGCUUCGAUCCGUCGAAGCCUACGUCUCCUUCACCAUCAACUCGUCAAUCCACCCCUCCUAAGCUCACAAAAUCUUUCGAGAGUAACAGCGGUAUAUCCCUCCCAAAGGCCCCCGUACCCGUGUUCACUUUUGCAGACUUUGGCAAAGCCUCAACCCCAGUGGCUGAAUCGUCCCAGCCUUCUGCUCCUCCAGUUAAAGGGUUCGACUUCGCAGCCGCUGGUAUGAAAGUACCAACUGUCGGUAAAGAUACUUGGCAAUGUUCUCUCUGUUCUCUGUCAAACCCUUCGACAGCGAACAAGUGUGAGACUUGUGAAGCGCCAAAUCCAAAGGCGACUCCGGUAGCACCUACAGUGAAAGGGUUCGAUUUCGCUGCGGCAGGUAUGAAGAUGCCAUCUGUCAACAAAGAUACUUGGCAGUGUUCACUGUGUAGUUUGUCGAAUCCUACAUCGGCAACCAAGUGUGAGACAUGUGAAACACCGAAUCCGAAGGCGGCCCCCGCUGCACCACCAGCCAAAGGCUUUGAUUAUGCUGCGGCAGGAAUGAAGGCACCUACUGUGAGCAAAGGCACUUGGACAUGCUCUUUGUGUGGACUUUCCAGUCCAGAAUCAGCAUCUCAGUGUGUGACAUGCGACAAUCCCCGGUGA